AUUCCUCCUGCACUCCACUCAUGAAGCGGGAGUCUGUUGUGUGAAUGGGAGACAGCAGACUCCAGCUUCGGGAAUUAGGUUGAUAAAAAGUUGUUUAGGAGGUGUUUAUGUCACAGCUAUUGUCAUACAUGGAAUUAUUAAGGUAUUAUUAACAUAAGUACAAAAACAUUUCUAAUGAUUCUAUACAUUUUAACUACUUGAGGUGCUCCAAGGCAAAGUACUCUUUUCAAGAAUUGACCCCAUAUACUCCUUCCCUUCCUCCCCCAGAAACAUGCCUUCCCCAUACAGCUUCCAGCAUAGCCCCCAGAGGAAGUGGUUCUGGUGGAGAUCUUAAGAGUAUUCACAACUGCAGCACUCUUUGUAGGCUAUUGUAAACAGUUCACUUUUUCAUUAGGAUGAGGUUUAUAGGUUCUUCAUCUUGGAAGUACAGUUAUUAUAUAAAAAUUUGAAAUUACUGUAUGCAAUCCUACAUAUCUCUGUUUUCAUAUAUAAGGUGUGUAUACUUUAUAUACAUGUUUAUGCUGGCUUCAUUGAGGCUUACUCCCAAGUUAGUGCUGGGAUGCAGCCUCAUUCAUUAUUAUUUUUUUACUAAUGCAUUUUCAUGAUCUUUCUCAUUUUUUGUAAUAGAAGAAAGGUGUUGAAUCUGUCACCAGACCUACUGCACUAGAAGAGGAACUGAAACAGAAAAGGGGCCACUCGCUAGUAAAUGUAUUACAAACACUGGCCAACUUAUACCCAUUCCUUAAGUCUUGGGACAAAACCCUGAAAAGAUUAGAAACAUUUCUGGAAGGUCCACAGCUUUUAGCACAAUCAGCUUGUUCUUAUAGGCCAAAUGUUCAGGCAGAAGAAUUGGGUGAAACAAAUGAACACUCAGAAGAAGGUCCAUUCAAAGCAGAGAAUCAAACUUCUUCCAGCUGUAUGGUGAAUUGUGAUCAUUGCUGCUUGGAAGCAAUGAAUAUGAAUUCUGCCAAUGACUACCUUGGAGUGGGUUUAAGCAAAACAGAAUUACAAAGUCUAGAUGCAGUGUACAGCUGGAUGUUAACACAAAGUGAAGGAAAGGACCAAAUGCUGGCACUGUCUCAGGCUUGGAAAAAAGUAUUGAGUGGGAAAACAUUGUGGAAUCCAGAAGAAAGACUGGCAGCAAUUUUGGACAUUUCUAAAACUAUGGGAAAAGACAGCAUCACUCUGAUAAAUGAAGAAAAACUUCUGCAUAAGAAGGUUUCAGAACACAAUAUGCAACUUAACCAAUUAAAGGGCAACCAGUUUACUGCUUUAAAACCAAAAGAAUCGGUUCCUAAGAUUUUGAAAGGUUUCCAUGAGAACAAAUUGGAAAACAGUAUGGCAAACCUAUACAUUCAACAGAUAAUUCAAGCACUUCAGUUGUGGAUUUCUGAAACGGAAGGAUGCUUUUUGUUAGAAGAAUAUGCGAAAGGCCAUUGUGCAAAGGAGGAAAAUAUGCCAGACUUCAUAGAGUCUGCAGAACCAUCAAACUGUGAAGACAAUGGAAGUACAGCACUUAUUGGCAUGGAAAAUAAACUACCCCAUUGUUUUUCAGUGGAGCAACAGCAAAUCAGUCAUCAAAACAAUGAUAAAAUGGAUGAUGAAAAAUAUUCUGCACAGGAAAAGCAUACAUUGGAAAUGAAAAACAGUAAAUACAAUAAGGAGGGUGCUGUUUGCUGCGAAUCAACAUUUUUGUUGCCACUUUGGUUUCCCUGUACAACUUCCAGUGCAAUACACUUCUUUCACAAUGAAGAUUCCAGGCUUGAGACAUCACUGAUAGAUGCACUGAAUUUAGAACAGAUUUCAACUCGAAAGAGAUGUUGUUGGACGUUUCCUAAUCUGUUCUUCCCGGGCCACAGACAGGGAUCCAAAGAAAACCUAUUAAACAAGAAAUGGCAUGCCUGUAAACCAGAACAUGGGCAGAACAACACAAGCUUGCUCUGGUUAAACAGAACACUUGAGGUCAGCAGCCAGGCUAGUACUGAAAAUGGAGUGAAGUACCUUCAUUUGCCAAGGUAUUCAGCUGUGACUCAGAGGUCUUGGGAUCACAAGGCCCCACAGCGCUUAUCUUCAGAGGUUAACUUGAAACAGACGUUCCCAUCAGUGCAUGGUCUUAUUAGUCCACAUUGCAAUCUGGCGGGUCCUUUGCCUCCCAUCAUGCCAACCCUUCCUGAAGAUGCCGAACAGUCAGCUGAGAGGCAGCACUCCAUUUUGCCUUCUUCGGUCAAAUCUGUUCAGGAGUCCCCAACUGAUGCAGGAACAUGUAACACACCUUCUAUUGUUCUUCCAGAAUAUACGAGUACACCGGAAACAGACAGAGAGAAAAAUCUAGCUUUCAGAUCUGUUAGUCCUCAUCUACGGCAUUCUAACAGAAAUACUAGGACAACUGCUAGCUCACUGACAUCUGUGGACAAUGCAGGCCAUGUAAUUGACCUGGUGAAUGACCAGCUCCCUGAUGUUAAAAUAUCUGAAGAAGACAGAAAGAAGAAUCUUGAAUUAUUAGAAGAAGCAAAGAGGGUGAGUGAGAGAUUCCUCACACGCAGAGGAAGGAAAUCAAGAAGCAGCCUUUCAGAGUCUCCCACAGCCAUAUCCCCAGCGCUUAGUCCCUGUGAGACACCUGCACCAUCCCGAAGCAAUUCUUUCACUCUUUCAAGUCCAACAGGGUCUGAUACAUGUGCAACCACUCUUGGUUCAGUGUCUCCACUACAGAAUACUACAAAAGGAUUAACUGAGCAAAAGGAGAAUGAUCAAAGAAAGAUUUCUGAGGGAAGACUGAGUCCUUGCACAACUAAUGUGGAAAGCCCAAAAGAGAAGCUAUCUGAACAAAAGGAGAACUUUGAUCCACAUAAAGUUAUGGAAAAUCCGUCCAGAUCCUGCCCUUCAGGUACUGAUGUCAGUAGAGUAUCUCUAAAUAGGAAUACAACCAUCUGUGAAAAUGAACUUGGAAAGCUAUUCCCUAAAAAACAGAAUGACUCUCCUUUCAAGGCUCCUCUACAAGGACCAGGGAUGGUUACAGUGGAUUCAAAGUUUAAGGGUCCAGUUCCCCUACUGAAGGAUUCAAAGGGUUCUUGUAAAACAGAACCUGGUACCCGCCCUCCUCUACUACGAGCUGUUUCAUGGGAACAUGCAGAACCUCGUAAUAUAGAAAAAGCACCUUUAAAAUCACCAUCUGAAGAUGAUAAUUUUUUCCCCAUUAGUAAUAAAUCUAGCAACUUAUCUAACAAAACUUCAGCAUUCAAAGACCUCCAAAUACAAGUCCAACCAGUUCGAAUGCAAAAAUUGACGAAGCUCAGAGAGGAGCAUAUAUUGAUGCGGAAUCAAAAUUUAGUUGGACUGAAACUCCCUGAACUCAGUGAAGCUGCUGAACAAGAAAGAGGAUCUUCGCCAGUUCCUUUCUUACAAGAAGACGAUGAUGAAGUAAAGAGUAGAUGUGACGUCAUGCCGAACAUCCCUGACACUCUUUUAAGAAAACUCCGUGUACACACAUCUAUUUCUGGAAGCUCUCCUGCACUUACUGAAAGAGAGGUUGAGAAUGUAUUUGUACAGCUUUCCUUGGCAUUUAGAAAUGAUAGUUAUACUUUGGAAUCAAGAAUUAACCAGGCUGAGAGGGAGAGAAAUCUUGCUGAGGAGAACACAGAGAAGGAAUUAGACCAUUUUAAAGCAGCUAUUACGUCCUCAGCUGCCUUAUGGCAUCACUCUGAACACAGAGAAAUGUACCAGAGGUUGUUGGAGGAUAUAACUGUGCUGAAUCGUUUAUCCUCCCGUUUAUCGAGUCGGGCUGAGAUGGUUGGUGCUGUUCGCCAGGAGAAACGCAUGUCAAAGGCCACUGAAGUUAUGAUGCAGUAUGUGGAGAAUUUGAAAAGAACAUAUGAAAAGGAUCAUGCUGAGCUGAUGGAGUACAAAAAACUUGCUAAUCAGAAUUCUAGCAGAAGCUAUGGUUCCCCUGAAGAUGGUGUGCCCCGAACAUCUAGAUCCAUGUCUCUUUCUGUUGGAAAGAUGCCUCGACGAAGAGUCAGUGUUGCUGUUGUGUCAAAAUUUGAGCUACCAGGCCAAUCAACUGGCACAUCACCUGUACCUCUGAUGCCAUCUUCCCUGUCUGAGUCAUCAAAUGGAAAAAGUAAUCUGACAUCAACCCCUGUCUUACCAGCACUUGUAGAAAAUGGAAAGUCAAAUGGGGAGCCUGAUUCUGAAUCCACUUCUUCAACUCAGACACAGAGUGGCAUAGAUGACAUCAAUCCAGAGACAAAAGCCAAAAUAGAAGAGGAAGCCUAUAACAAAGGCUAUCAAGAAGGCUUAAAGAAAACCAAAGAACUUGAAGAGUUGAAAGAAGAUGAUGAAGACAAAAUAAAUGAAAGCCCUGAUGACUGUGUAGCAGGUGAAAGUGAUGACGAAGUCAGCAAGGAACAUAGCAAACUUGAAGUCAUUAUUCAUUAUGUACAAAUACUGUACCCCAAACUGCAUAAACACUGGAACAUGCUCUGGGUUGUAGCAGCCAUUAUCCUUAUUUUUGCUGUGGUACUGGGAAUCUCCACUUUAUACAAUUACUUCUCCUCCUGUACUGAAUUAUCAGAUGGGCCACAAAUGAAAGCUACCUGUUCUGCUGUCCAGCAAUAUUCCUGGUGGAACUCAGGAUUUCAACAUGACCAACACAGAGAAUAACAAAACAGGACUGGGGGAGAAAAGCCAAUUACAACAUACCAGAAAGCACCCAUUUUAAAACUUUCAUGGUGAUAAAAUGUGAUCAGUAAUCCACUGUUUGGGUUUAUUUGUGCCAUAAGACAUGGGAAUGCAGUGUGAUUUCUUUUAAGUAGCCAGAUAACACCAGCCAAUAAAUGCUGUUUUCUUUUUUAUGCUAACUGCUAUUUGAUUAAUGUGCCUUGAAUAUCAAGACACCCACAUAAAAAUAUAGAGAAAGAAUAUGACCAAAAAUUAGGGCGUUGAUGUCAGGAGAGUCAUAGGUGAAACACAAACACCAGUGCUUCUGAAGAAUGUCACUCACAACCUCUGUAAAUAUCAGCAUUAAUUCAUGUUACAAGCUUCAGUUUGAAGCUGGUGUGUGGUUUUUUUUUUAAUAUAAGACCUUAGAAUUAUGAUAGAGAUUUCUGUUUGGUGUCACAACUGAAGGGAAUGAGCAAAAAGUAAAAUAUUACCAUGCCUUGGCUAUGUAGACAGUUCCACAUUUAUAUAAGAGAAGCCUGAAUGAAGGGAUGUCAUAUUGAAAAUAGAGCAAGCUUGUUUUCUGCUGCUUCACAGACUAGAACAUGAAGCAGUGGAUGCAAAAGCAGUGAAGGAAAAGAGA